AUGGCCGAGGUUACGUCUCCUGUUGUGGACGACAAACCAUGUUUUAAAACGAAUCCAGGAAUUUUCAAAUUGGGAUUAGCAAGACAACACAUUCUGGCUCAUGACAUUGGACAGGGAUCACAGUGUCGAAAUGAACCCACAUGCAAAUGUGAAGGACUUGACUUGCAUUUCUGGAGAAAGAUGUGCAAGAAUUGUGGAUGUCGGAUGGAUGAACAUGAUGUCGUUUUGCCAAAUGAAUUCGAUCAUGCUCAAAUUGUAAUCGGAAGGUUGUUUGGAGUCAAAGAACAUUUCGAGAAGGUCCUCACAAAACCAGGAAUGUAUAAACCAACGGAUCAAAACGAUGAGAACAAUAUGAUGUCAAGAAGAUCACAACCAACUGCAGUCUACAAUUACAAAAUGUCGUCAAGUGAUUCAGAAUCCGAGAAGGAUGCUCCGACGUUCAAAAAGGACAAAGUACAGUACGCCUGGGCUCCACUUCCAGACAAGGAUCUGGUAUCACGGUAUAUGAAGUGUCUUCCUGAAGAUGAACGACCACUUGUUGGAUCCAAGGGAGAACAAAACAGAAAGUCAAGACUUCAAUUCCAGCUCCCUCUCUAUGAUUGCAACGUGGAAGAUGCGAGAUUCGUUGAAGAGAAAGAUGUUAAAACUCUCCAAAAGUUUGUAGAAAAUGUACGAAACAAUGUGAUUGGAGUUGGAAGAGUCGUUGAAAUCGGAAAAGAUUCUGACAACUAUGGAGAUGACUCAAAUGACUUUGAAAAAUCAAUGAACGCGGCUCUCAAAGGAUUACAAGUCGGUGAAACUGAUUGCAAGGAUUGCAGUGAAAUAAUGAAAAAUGGAGAAAUCGGAGUGGAAUGUCACCAUCACACCAAAACAGACACAUACCAUCCAAACUGUUUCCGAUGUGAGACUUGUCGUCAAUUAUUGGUCGACAACAUUUACUUCUUCUACAAGAACAAGUAUUACUGUGGAAGACAUUAUGCUGAUCAGUUGUAUCCAAGAUGUGCAGGAUGUGAUGAAUUGAUUUUCGCCAACGAAUACACAUUUGCCGAGGAAAAGUCAUGGCAUUUUGAUCACUUUGCUUGUUUCAAAUGUGAUUUCAAGCUGGGAGGUUCUCGAUACAUGACCCGAGAUGAGAAUCCAUUCUGUUUGGAGUGUUAUAUGAAGCAUUAUGCAAAGACAUGUGACACUUGUCAAGCUAAAAUUGGUCCAGAUGAGAAGCGAUUAAACUACAACGAAAUUCAUUGGCACGCCGAGGAGAAAUGCUUUCAGUGUGUUCAGUGUCACUCGAACCUAAUUGGGAAGAAGUUCAUUUUAAAGAAUCACAAACUUUUGUGUUCUUCUCAAUGCAAAGCGAACUAUAACUCUUCCCACCCAGAUGAUCAAUUGUAA